AUGCAGUACAUGUCCAUGUGGCCGGAGUAUAUGCGGGUCGCUGAGUCACCUAUUCUGACGGUGUUUGCUUCGAAGGCAGACUCGGUGCUGGGGGGUAGGGUGAUGGGUUACAUGAUCGCCAAGUCCGAAGGCUAUGGCGAGAAUUGGCACGGCCACGUAACUGCGCUCUCCGUCGCACCCGAGUACCGUCGAAUGGGUCUCGCCAGUCGUCUUAUGCUUGAAUUUGAAGAUACCUCUGACAGGCAGGUCCAGCUUUUCCAUGAAUUCAACUGUGUAUGGCCCGUCGGAUUUGUCGAGUUCACCUUUCGUUUGGCGUUGAAGAAGUGCUACUUUGCUGACCUCUUCGUGCGCGCCUCGAAUGAGCUGGGACACUCGGUCUACACGAAGUUGGGCUACAUAAUCUACCGUAGGGUGCUCAACUACUACGCAGGCAAGGACGAUGGAGAGGAUGCCUUUGACAUGCGGAAGGCACUCUCGGCGGACAAGGAUCGUCGGUCCGUUAAACCCAUGACUCGACCUGUGCAUGUUGAUGAGUUGGAAUUCACCUGA